AUGUACGCGGCGUCGCUCCCGAUCUCGGACGAUUUGAGAGCGGAGCUCGAGGAGCACGGCACGUUGAAGCACGACGACGAGAAAAAAACGAUUCAGUCGUACAAUGGCGGAAAACAAGUUAGUGAAAAAAUGAAAAAUUGAAAAGAGUGAAGCCAAAAUCGAAAGAUACCGGGUGGAGGUCAAAGACUCUUUGGAAAUGCGCCUUUAAAAAGACCUACUGUAGAAGCUGGCAAUUGCAAACUUAUUGAACCCUUUUUCAGCGCAAAUUCACAAUUCUAUUUGCAUUUGUUAAUUUUUUCCAGAAAAUCCGUUCAAACGUCAUCAAUUUUCAUCAAAUACUUGAUGACUACAGCCAACUAACACGUUGACGACCGAAAUGUGAGUCAAUUUCCUCGUAAAAUGUAUCUCACGGUCUCCAGAGCUGACAAUAUGGGCGUGGCCUCGGCCAAAUGGCGUUUUCAUGAAUUGAGCAAGUUUUCUCUGAUUUUUGUGGUCAAAGGCGAUGAAAAGUGAUUGUUCGACAUGAAAACACACUAAUUCUCAGAAUUAAUGACGUUUUGGCGCAUUUUUCGCGGACUUUGCUUUUUCGCCUUCGCCGCCGAUAGCCGCCGAUCGUUGCCUCAAAACCGCACUUCUCAUUUUGCGCUUUCUUGACCGUUUUCAGACAGAAUUAGUUUUGAGAGCGAUAAAUCACGUAAAUACAAGCAUUUUGAGCGCUCGAACCGCGAAAACUAUCGAAAAGCAACUGAAAUUCACGCAGUUUUAACCAAAAACCUUCAAACGGAUAAAUGUGAUUUGCGACUAGACCAAGAUUAACGUUCUUGCUCUUAAAAAAUUCCUAAUAGCCUAUACAAUCGGUCUAUCGAGAGACAGAGCAGUUCAUCCAUCCGUGACGCACCUCACAUAUCGAGUAGACCUAACAGACUACACAUUCAUAAUCCUACCAGACUACACAUUCAUAAUCCUACCAGACUACACAUUCAUAAUCCUAACAGACUACACACAGAAAUGGAGGGAAAGGGCCGUUUUGAUUUACUCGAUAUGUGAGGAGUAAGUAUAAAAGGGCCCCCGUGGGAAAGAAUAGCCAUUCAUUCGGACAUACCGACUUGGCGGACGGUCGGAUCGUCUCGUUCUGCCCGCGUUUUGGGCGGGCGGACUUUCCAGACCCUCUGCUAAUCGAUAUCGAUCCGAUAUUUUUCCACUUGUUCUUUCUCCCCUUUCUCUCCGUUACUUCAUUUUCUCUUUCAUAUGUCAAGUCCAUACGGAAGUGAAGUGCACUCUAUUCCGAAGCUAUUUCAGCUGUGAUCUCUGUAAAGUUCCUUUCUUAUCCGACAAAAGUUGCAUAAAUUUCAUUUUGCUUCUAAAUGCUCACAGGAUAUCACAUUUGGGAGAGUUUCUGAAAAAACUGCGCUGAACUCUCGGAUGCCUCUAUAUGUAGUAGAAACAAACCGUCCUGUUAUUCCUAUGUAUUUUGUGAAAACCGGAACAAAUGCUCACUUUUUGUCGUUCAGAUCGGUGCUCAAUGAGUUGGGCAUAGUGUAGGGUGUGGCAAACAGUAAAAAUUGCGUACAUUUCUGAGUAAUUCUUUUCUCCCUGCGAUCAAUUUUAAACAAAAUCUUGCCUACCAGUGGUGUCUUUUCGAAUUAAUAGAACUUUUAUGUGACUACAAUAGCUUAGAAGAGGUGUAUUCCUCGGGAGUAUCCGUCUGUACGUCCUUCUCUGAGUAGGGCCACAGCGGUGACCUUCGUGACGUGAUUUGCCCCGUCACGGAGGAAAAAUCACCGCCCCCACCUUACACGUGGCGUGGUUGACCCCCUUCUCUACGGGGCGGCGGCUCUGCGGACCGUGGGUACUUGAUGCGGAGUUGCACGGUCCUUACGGAUCAGAUCCCUUCAAGUGACCCUAACGAUAACUUCUUGAAGGAAGCCUGAGAUGAGAGGAAUGUGGGCAGACAGAGACGGGCACUCUUUGGGGUUAACCUCUUGCGCGCAUAUGACUUACAUGUUAGAAUUUUAGUUAGUAGAAGAAACUGCCACACCCUACUUAAACUCUCUCUCUCUCUCUUCUCUCGCUACGUCGGACACGAGAACCCACAAGGAUCUUCGGAAGGCGAGGAAUAGUCAAGAAACCUCCCACUCUUGAUGCAAGCAGUGACUGCCACUUUUCGAAGUGUCAGUCAUUAGGAUCUGAUAGAGUAGGAGGGAGGCGCAUUCCGCCGAGCACUUUGUGAGUUUGCAAGCAGAAUAAGAACCAUAACAAUUGAAUGUUUCAGACGUGCACAGGUGUGUCAAUUCUCGCGUUACACGCACAAAUCGGCCUGUACGAGGAGGAGCGGGUAAAGCUGUACCAGAAAUUGGACGAGAAGGACGACGAGAUCCAGAAGGUGUCGCAGGAGCUCGAGAAGCUCCGACAACAGGUGCUUCUGCAAGAGGAGGCACUGCAGACGAUGCUCGAGAACGAGGAGAUCAUCCGCGAAGAGAACUCGCGCAUUCAGAAAGAGGCCGACGACAAGCAGCAGGAGGGCAAGGAGAUGAUGACGAAGAAGUCAAGAAACUUCCCACUCUUGAUGCAAGCAGUGACUGCCACUUUUCGAAGUGUCAGUCAUUAGGAUCUGAUAGAGUAGGAGGGAGGCGCAUUCCGCCGAGCACUUUGUGAGUUUGCAAGCAGAAUAAGAACCAUAACAAUUGAAUGUUUCAGACGUGCACAGGUGUGUCAAUUCUCGCGUUACACGCACAAAUCGGCCUGUACGAGGAGGAGCGGGUAAAGCUGUACCAGAAAUUGGACGAGAAGGACGACGAGAUCCAGAAGGUGUCGCAGGAGCUCGAGAAGCUCCGACAACAGGUGCUUCUGCAAGAGGAGGCACUGCAGACGAUGCUCGAGAACGAGGAGAUCAUCCGCGAAGAGAACUCGCGCAUUCAGAAAGAGGCCGACGACAAGCAGCAGGAGGGCAAGGAGAUGAUGACGAAGAAGUCAAGAAACUUCCCACUCUUGAUGCAAGCAGUGACUGCCACUUUUCGAAGUGUCAGUCAUUAGGAUCUGAUAGAGUAGGAGGGAGGCGCAUUCCGCCGAGCACUUUGUGAGUUUGCAAGCAGAAUAAGAACCAUAACAAUUGAAUGUUUCAGACGUGCACAGGUGUGUCAAUUCUCGCGUUACACGCACAAAUCGGCCUGUACGAGGAGGAGCGGGUAAAGCUGUACCAGAAAUUGGACGAGAAGGACGACGAGAUCCAGAAGGUGUCGCAGGAGCUCGAGAAGCUCCGACAACAGGUGCUUCUGCAAGAGGAGGCACUGCAGACGAUGCUCGAGAACGAGGAGAUCAUCCGCGAAGAGAACUCGCGCAUUCAGAAAGAGGCCGACGACAAGCAGCAGGAGGGCAAGGAGAUGAUGACGAAGAAGUCAAGAAACUUCCCACUCUUGAUGCAAGCAGUGACUGCCACUUUUCGAAGUGUCAGUCAUUAGGAUCUGAUAGAGUAGGAGGGAGGCGCAUUCCGCCGAGCACUUUGUGAGUUUGCAAGCAGAAUAAGAACCAUAACAAUUGAAUGUUUCAGACGUGCACAGGUGUGUCAAUUCUCGCGUUAUACGCACAAAUCGGCCUGUACGAGGAGGAGCGGGUAAAGCUGUACCAGCAAAUUGGACGAGAAGGACGACGAGAUCCAGAAGGUGUCGCAGGAGCUCGAGAAGCUCCGACAACAGGUGCUUCUGCAAGAGGAGGCACUGCAGACGAUGCUCGAGAACGAGGAGAUCAUCCGCGAAGAGAACUCGCGCAUUCAGAAAGAGGCCGACGACAAGCAGCAGGAGGGCAAGGAGAUGAUGACGAAGAAGUCAAGAAACUUCCCACUCUUGAUGUAGCAGUGACUGCCACUUUUCGAAGUGUCAGUCAUUAGGAUCUGAUAGAGUAGGAGGGAGGCGCAUUCCGCCGAGCACUUUGUGAGUUUGCAAGCAGAAUAAGAACCAUAACAAUUGAAUGUUUCAGACGUGCACAGGUGUGUCAAUUCUCGCGUUACACGCACAAAUCGGCCUGUACGAGGAGGAGCGGGUAAAGCUGUACCAGAAAUUGGACGAGAAGGACGACGAGAUCCAGAAGGUGUCGCAGGAGCUCGAGAAGCUCCGACAACAGGUGCUUCUGCAAGAGGAGGCACUGCAGACGAUGCUCGAGAACGAGGGAGAUCAUCCGCGAAGAGAACUCGCGCAUUCAGAAAGAGGCCGACGACAAGCAGCAGGAGGGCAAGGAGAUGAUGACGAAGAAGUCAAGAAACUUCCCACUCUUGAUGUAGCAGUGACUGCCACUUUUCGAAGUGUCAGUCAUUAGGAUCUGAUAGAGUAGGAGGGAGGCGCAUUCCGCCGAGCACUUUGUGAGUUUGCAAGCAGAAUAAGAACCAUAACAAUUGAAUGUUUCAGACGUGCACAGGUGUGUCAAUUCUCGCGUUACACGCACAAAUCGGCCUGUACGAGGAGGAGCGGGUAAAGCUGUACCAGAAAUUGGACGAGAAGGACGACGAGAUCCAGAAGGUGUCGCAGGAGCUCGAGAAGCUCCGACAACAGGUGCUUCUGCAAGAGGAGGCACUGCAGACGAUGCUCGAGAACGAGGAGAUCAUCCGCGAAGAGAACUCGCGCAUUCAGAAAGAGGCCGACGACAAGCAGCAGGAGGGCAAGGAGAUGAUGACGAAGAAGUCAAGAAACUUCCCACUCUUGAUGCAAGCAGUGACUGCCACUUUUCGAAGUGUCAGUCAUUAGGAUCUGAUAGAGUAGGAGGGAGGCGCAUUCCGCCGAGCACUUUGUGAGUUUGCAAGCAGAAUAAGAACCAUAACAAUUGAAUGUUUCAGACGUGCACAGGUGUGUCAAUUCUCGCGUUACACGCACAAAUCGGCCUGUACGAGGAGGAGCGGGUAAAGCUGUACCAGAAAUUGGACGAGAAGGACGACGAGAUCCAGAAGGUGUCGCAGGAGCUCGAGAAGCUCCGACAACAGGUGCUUCUGCAAGAGGAGGCACUGCAGACGAUGCUCGAGAACGAGGAGAUCAUCCGCGAAGAGAACUCGCGCAUUCAGAAAGAGGCCGACGACAAGCAGCAGGAGGGCAAGGAGAUGAUGACGAAGAAGUCAAGAAACUUCCCACUCUUGAUGCAAGCAGUGACUGCCACUUUUCGAAGUGUCAGUCAUUAGGAUCUGAUAGAGUAGGAGGGAGGCGCAUUCCGCCGAGCACUUUGUGAGUUUGCAAGCAGAAUAAGAACCAUAACAAUUGAAUGUUUCAGACGUGCACAGGUGUGUCAAUUCUCGCGUUACACGCACAAAUCGGCCUGUACGAGGAGGAGCGGGUAAAGCUGUACCAGAAAUUGGACGAGAAGGACGACGAGAUCCAGAAGGUGUCGCAGGAGCUCGAGAAGCUCCGACAACAGGUGCUUCUGCAAGAGGAGGCACUGCAGACGAUGCUCGAGAACGAGGAGAUCAUCCGCGAAGAGAACUCGCGCAUUCAGAAAGAGGCCGACGACAAGCAGCAGGAGGGCAAGGAGAUGAUGACGAAGAAGUCAAGAAACUUCCCACUCUUGAUGCAAGCAGUGACUGCCACUUUUCGAAGUGUCAGUCAUUAGGAUCUGAUAGAGUAGGAGGGAGGCGCAUUCCGCCGAGCACUUUGUGAGUUUGCAAGCAGAAUAAGAACCAUAACAAUUGAAUGUUUCAGACGUGCACAGGUGUGUCAAUUCUCGCGUUACACGCACAAAUCGGCCUGUACGAGGAGGAGCGGGUAAAGCUGUACCAGAAAUUGGACGAGAAGGACGACGAGAUCCAGAAGGUGUCGCAGGAGCUCGAGAAGCUCUGACAACAGGUGCUUCUGCAAGAGGAGGCACUGCAGACGAUGCUCGAGAACGAGGAGAUCAUCCGCGAAGAGAACUCGCGCAUUCAGAAAGAGGCCGACGACAAGCAGCAGGAGGGCAAGGAGAUGAUGACGAAGAAGUCAAGAAACUUCCCACUCUUGAUGUAGCAGUGACUGCCACUUUUCGAAGUGUCAGUCAUUAGGAUCUGAUAGAGUAGGAGGGAGGCGCAUUCCGCCGAGCACUUUGUGAGUUUGCAAGCAGAAUAAGAACCAUAACAAUUGAAUGUUUCAGACGUGCACAGGUGUGUCAAUUCUCGCGUUACACGCACAAAUCGGCCUGUACGAGGAGGAGCGGGUAAAGCUGUACCAGAAAUUGGACGAGAAGGACGACGAGAUCCAGAAGGUGUCGCAGGAGCUCGAGAAGCUCCGACAACAGGUGCUUCUGCAAGAGGAGGCACUGCAGACGAUGCUCGAGAACGAGGAGAUCAUCCGCGAAGAGAACUCGCGCAUUCAGAAAGAGGCCGACGACAAGCAGCAGGAGGGCAAGGAGAUGAUGACGAAGAAGUCAAGAAACUUCCCACUCUUGAUGCAAGCAGUGACUGCCACUUUUCGAAGUGUCAGUCAUUAGGAUCUGAUAGAGUAGGAGGGAGGCGCAUUCCGCCGAGCACUUUGUGAGUUUGCAAGCAGAAUAAGAACCAUAACAAUUGAAUGUUUCAGACGUGCACAGGUGUGUCAAUUCUCGCGUUACACGCACAAAUCGGCCUGUACGAGGAGGAGCGGGUAAAGCUGUACCAGAAAUUGGACGAGAAGGACGACGAGAUCCAGAAGGUGUCGCAGGAGCUCGAGAAGCUCCGACAACAGGUGCUUCUGCAAGAGGAGGCACUGCAGACGAUGCUCGAGAACGAGGAGAUCAUCCGCGAAGAGAACUCGCGCAUUCAGAAAGAGGCCGACGACAAGCAGCAGGAGGGCAAGGAGAUGAUGACGAAGAAGUCAAGAAACUUCCCACUCUUGAUGCAAGCAGUGACUGCCACUUUUCGAAGUGUCAGUCAUUAGGAUCUGAUAGAGUAGGAGGGAGGCGCAUUCCGCCGAGCACUUUGUGAGUUUGCAAGCAGAAUAAGAACCAUAACAAUUGAAUGUUUCAGACGUGCACAGGUGUGUCAAUUCUCGCGUUACACGCACAAAUCGGCCUGUACGAGGAGGAGCGGGUAAAGCUGUACCAGAAAUUGGACGAGAAGGACGACGAGAUCCAGAAGGUGUCGCAGGAGCUCGAGAAGCUCCGACAACAGGUGCUUCUGCAAGAGGAGGCACUGCAGACGAUGCUCGAGAACGAGGAGAUCAUCCGCGAAGAGAACUCGCGCAUUCAGAAAGAGGCCGACGACAAGCAGCAGGAGGGCAAGGAGAUGAUGACGAAGAAGUCAAGAAACUUCCCACUCUUGAUGUAGCAGUGACUGCCACUUUUCGAAGUGUCAGUCAUUAGGAUCUGAUAGAGUAGGGAGGGAGGCGCAUUCCGCCGAGCACUUUGUGAGUUUGCAAGCAGAAUAAGAACCAUAACAAUUGAAUGUUUCAGACGUGCACAGGUGUGUCAAUUCUCGCGUUACACGCACAAAUCGGCCUGUACGAGGAGGAGCGGGUAAAGCUGUACCAGAAAUUGGACGAGAAGGACGACGAGAUCCAGAAGGUGUCGCAGGAGCUCGAGAAGCUCCGACAACAGGUGCUUCUGCAAGAGGAGGCACUGCAGACGAUGCUCGAGAACGAGGAGAUCAUCCGCGAAGAGAACUCGCGCAUUCAGAAAGAGGCCGACGACAAGCAGCAGGAGGGCAAGGAGAUGAUGACGAAGAAGUCAAGAAACUUCCCACUCUUGAUGUAGCAGUGACUGCCACUUUUCGAAGUGUCAGUCAUUAGGGAUCUGAUAGAGUAGGAGGGAGGCGCAUUCCGCCGAGCACUUUGUGAGUUUGCAAGCAGAAUAAGAACCAUAACAAUUGAAUGUUUCAGACGUGCACAGGUGUGUCAAUUCUCGCGUUACACGCACAAAUCGGCCUGUACGAGGAGGAGCGGGUAAAGCUGUACCAGAAAUUGGACGAGAAGGACGACGAGAUCCAGAAGGUGUCGCAGGAGCUCGAGAAGCUCCGACAACAGGUGCUUCUGCAAGAGGAGGCACUGCAGACGAUGCUCGAGAACGAGGGAGAUCAUCCGCGAAGAGAACUCGCGCAUUCAGAAAGAGGCCGACGACAAGCAGCAGGAGGGCAAGGAGAUGAUGACGAAGAAGUCAAGAAACUUCCCACUCUUGAUGUAGCAGUGACUGCCACUUUUCGAAGUGUCAGUCAUUAGGGAUCUGAUAGAGUAGGAGGGAGGCGCAUUCCGCCGAGCACUUUGUGAGUUUGCAAGCAGAAUAAGAACCAUAACAAUUGAAUGUUUCAGACGUGCACAGGUGUGUCAAUUCUCGCGUUACACGCACAAAUCGGCCUGUACGAGGAGGAGCGGGUAAAGCUGUACCAGAAAUUGGACGAGAAGGACGACGAGAUCCAGAAGGUGUCGCAGGAGCUCGAGAAGCUCCGACAACAGGUGCUUCUGCAAGAGGAGGCACUGCAGACGAUGCUCGAGAACGAGGAGAUCAUCCGCGAAGAGAACUCGCGCAUUCAGAAAGAGGCCGACGACAAGCAGCAGGAGGGCAAGGAGAUGAUGACGAAGAAGUCAAGAAACUUCCCACUCUUGAUGCAAGCAGUGACUGCCACUUUUCGAAGUGUCAGUCAUUAGGAUCUGAUAGAGUAGGAGGGAGGCGCAUUCCGCCGAGCACUUUGUGAGUUUGCAAGCAGAAUAAGAACCAUAACAAUUGAAUGUUUCAGACGUGCACAGGUGUGUCAAUUCUCGCGUUACACGCACAAAUCGGCCUGUACGAGGAGGAGCGGGUAAAGCUGUACCAGAAAUUGGACGAGAAGGACGACGAGAUCCAGAAGGUGUCGCAGGAGCUCGAGAAGCUCCGACAACAGGUGCUUCUGCAAGAGGAGGCACUGCAGACGAUGCUCGAGAACGAGGAGAUCAUCCGCGAAGAGAACUCGCGCAUUCAGAAAGAGGCCGACGACAAGCAGCAGGAGGGCAAGGAGAUGAUGACGAAGAAGUCAAGAAACUUCCCACUCUUGAUGUAGCAGUGACUGCCACUUUUCGAAGUGUCAGUCAUUAGGAUCUGAUAGAGUAGGGAGGGAGGCGCAUUCCGCCGAGCACUUUGUGAGUUUGCAAGCAGAAUAAGAACCAUAACAAUUGAAUGUUUCAGACGUGCACAGGUGUGUCAAUUCUCGCGUUACACGCACAAAUCGGCCUGUACGAGGAGGAGCGGGUAAAGCUGUACCAGAAAUUGGACGAGAAGGACGACGAGAUCCAGAAGGUGUCGCAGGAGCUCGAGAAGCUCCGACAACAGGUGCUUCUGCAAGAGGAGGCACUGCAGACGAUGCUCGAGAACGAGGAGAUCAUCCGCGAAGAGAACUCGCGCAUUCAGAAAGAGGCCGACGACAAGCAGCAGGAGGGCAAGGAGAUGAUGACGAAGAAGUCAAGAAACUUCCCACUCUUUGAUGUAGCAGUGACUGCCACUUUUCGAAGUGUCAGUCAUUAGGAUCUGAUAGAGUAGGAGGGAGGCGCAUUCCGCCGAGCACUUUGUGAGUUUGCAAGCAGAAUAAGAACCAUAACAAUUGAAUGUUUCAGACGUGCACAGGUGUGUCAAUUCUCGCGUUACACGCACAAAUCGGCCUGUACGAGGAGGAGCGGGUAAAGCUGUACCAGAAAUUGGACGAGAAGGACGACGAGAUCCAGAAGGUGUCGCAGGAGCUCGAGAAGCUCCGACAACAGGUGCUUCUGCAAGAGGAGGCACUGCAGACGAUGCUCGAGAACGAGGGAGAUCAUCCGCGAAGAGAACUCGCGCAUUCAGAAAGAGGCCGACGACAAGCAGCAGGAGGGCAAGGAGAUGAUGACGAAGAAGUCAAGAAACUUCCCACUCUUGAUGCAAGCAGUGACUGCCACUUUUCGAAGUGUCAGUCAUUAGGAUCUGAUAGAGUAGGAGGGAGGCGCAUUCCGCCGAGCACUUUGUGAGUUUGCAAGCAGAAUAAGAACCAUAACAAUUGAAUGUUUCAGACGUGCACAGGUGUGUCAAUUCUCGCGUUACACGCACAAAUCGGCCUGUACGAGGAGGAGCGGGUAAAGCUGUACCAGAAAUUGGACGAGAAGGACGACGAGAUCCAGAAGGUGUCGCAGGAGCUCGAGAAGCUCCGACAACAGGUGCUUCUGCAAGAGGAGGCACUGCAGACGAUGCUCGAGAACGAGGAGAUCAUCCGCGAAGAGAACUCGCGCAUUCAGAAAGAGGCCGACGACAAGCAGCAGGAGGGCAAGGAGAUGAUGACGAAGAAGUCAAGAAACUUCCCACUCUUGAUGCAAGCAGUGACUGCCACUUUUCGAAGUGUCAGUCAUUAGGAUCUGAUAGAGUAGGAGGGAGGCGCAUUCCGCCGAGCACUUUGUGAGUUUGCAAGCAGAAUAAGAACCAUAACAAUUGAAUGUUUCAGACGUGCACAGGUGUGUCAAUUCUCGCGUUACACGCACAAAUCGGCCUGUACGAGGAGGAGCGGGUAAAGCUGUACCAGAAAUUGGACGAGAAGGACGACGAGAUCCAGAAGGUGUCGCAGGAGCUCGAGAAGCUCCGACAACAGGUGCUUCUGCAAGAGGAGGCACUGCAGACGAUGCUCGAGAACGAGGAGAUCAUCCGCGAAGAGAACUCGCGCAUUCAGAAAGAGGCCGACGACAAGCAGCAGGAGGGCAAGGAGAUGAUGACGAAGAAGUCAAGAAACUUCCCACUCUUGAUGCAAGCAGUGACUGCCACUUUUCGAAGUGUCAGUCAUUAGGAUCUGAUAGAGUAGGAGGGAGGCGCAUUCCGCCGAGCACUUUGUGAGUUUGCAAGCAGAAUAAGAACCAUAACAAUUGAAUGUUUCAGACGUGCACAGGUGUGUCAAUUCUCGCGUUACACGCACAAAUCGGCCUGUACGAGGAGGAGCGGGUAAAGCUGUACCAGAAAUUGGACGAGAAGGACGACGAGAUCCAGAAGGUGUCGCAGGAGCUCGAGAAGCUCCGACAACAGGUGCUUCUGCAAGAGGAGGCACUGCAGACGAUGCUCGAGAACGAGGAGAUCAUCCGCGAAGAGAACUCGCGCAUUCAGAAAGAGGCCGACGACAAGCAGCAGGAGGGCAAGGAGAUGAUGACGAAGAAGUCAAGAAACUUCCCACUCUUGAUGUAAGCAGUGACUGCCACUUUUCGAAGUGUCAGUCAUUAGGAUCUGAUAGAGUAGGAGGGAGGCGCAUUCCGCCGAGCACUUUGUGAGUUUGCAAGCAGAAUAAGAACCAUAACAAUUGAAUGUUUCAGACGUGCACAGGUGUGUCAAUUCUCGCGUUAUACGCACAAAUCGGCCUGUACGAGGAGGAGCGGGUAAAGCUGUACCAGAAAUUGGACGAGAAGGACGACGAGAUCCAGAAGGUGUCGCAGGAGCUCGAGAAGCUCCGACAACAGGUGCUUCUGCAAGAGGAGGCACUGCAGACGAUGCUCGAGAACGAGGAGAUCAUCCGCGAAGAGAACUCGCGCAUUCAGAAAGAGGCCGACGACAAGCAGCAGGAGGGCAAGGAGAUGAUGACGAAGAAGUCAAGAAACUUCCCACUCUUGAUGCAAGCAGUGACUGCCACUUUUCGAAGUGUCAGUCAUUAGGAUCUGAUAGAGUAGGAGGGAGGCGCAUUCCGCCGAGCACUUUGUGAGUUUGCAAGCAGAAUAAGAACCAUAACAAUUGAAUGUUUCAGACGUGCACAGGUGUGUCAAUUCUCGCGUUACACGCACAAAUCGGCCUGUACGAGGAGGAGCGGGUAAAGCUGUACCAGAAAUUGGACGAGAAGGACGACGAGAUCCAGAAGGUGUCGCAGGAGCUCGAGAAGCUCCGACAACAGGUGCUUCUGCAAGAGGAGGCACUGCAGACGAUGCUCGAGAACGAGGAGAUCAUCCGCGAAGAGAACUCGCGCAUUCAGAAAGAGGCCGACGACAAGCAGCAGGAGGGCAAGGAGAUGAUGACGAAGAAGUCAAGAAACUUCCCACUCUUGAUGUAGCAGUGACUGCCACUUUUCGAAGUGUCAGUCAUUAGGAUCUGAUAGAGUAGGAGGGAGGCGCAUUCCGCCGAGCACUUUGUGAGUUUGCAAGCAGAAUAAGAACCAUAACAAUUGAAUGUUUCAGACGUGCACAGGUGUGUCAAUUCUCGCGUUAUACGCACAAAUCGGCCUGUACGAGGAGGAGCGGGUAAAGCUGUACCAGAAAUUGGACGAGAAGGACGACGAGAUCCAGAAGGUGUCGCAGGAGCUCGAGAAGCUCCGACAACAGGUGCUUCUGCAAGAGGAGGCACUGCAGACGAUGCUCGAGAACGAGGAGAUCAUCCGCGAAGAGAACUCGCGCAUUCAGAAAGAGGCCGACGACAAGCAGCAGGAGGGCAAGGAGAUGAUGACGAAGAAGUCAAGAAACUUCCCACUCUUGAUGCAAGCAGUGACUGCCACUUUUCGAAGUGUCAGUCAUUAGGAUCUGAUAGAGUAGGAGGGAGGCGCAUUCCGCCGAGCACUUUGUGAGUUUGCAAGCAGAAUAAGAACCAUAACAAUUGAAUGUUUCAGACGUGCACAGGUGUGUCAAUUCUCGCGUUAUACGCACAAAUCGGCCUGUACGAGGAGGAGCGGGUAAAGCUGUACCAGAAAUUGGACGAGAAGGACGACGAGAUCCAGAAGGUGUCGCAGGAGCUCGAGAAGCUCCGACAACAGGUGCUUCUGCAAGAGGAGGCACUGCAGACGAUGCGCAAGAACGAGGAGAUCAUCCGCGAAGAGAACUCGCGCAUUCAGAAAGAGGCCGACGACAAGCAGCAGGAGGGCAAGGAGAUGAUGACGAAGAAGUCAAGAAACUUCCCACUCUUGAUGCAAGCAGUGACUGCCACUUUUCGAAGUGUCAGUCAUUAGGAUCUGAUAGAGUAGGAGGGAGGCGCAUUCCGCCGAGCACUUUGUGAGUUUGCAAGCAGAAUAAGAACCAUAACAAUUGAAUGUUUCAGACGUGCACAGGUGUGUCAAUUCUCGCGUUACACGCACAAAUCGGCCUGUACGAGGAGGAGCGGGUAAAGCUGUACCAGAAAUUGGACGAGAAGGACGACGAGAUCCAGAAGGUGUCGCAGGAGCUCGAGAAGCUCCGACAACAGGUGCUUCUGCAAGAGGAGGCACUGCAGACGAUGCUCGAGAACGAGGAGAUCAUCCGCGAAGAGAACUCGCGCAUUCAGAAAGAGGCCGACGACAAGCAGCAGGAGGGCAAGGAGAUGAUGACGAAGAAGUCAAGAAACUUCCCACUCUUGAUGCAAGCAGUGACUGCCACUUUUCGAAGUGUCAGUCAUUAGGAUCUGAUAGAGUAGGAGGGAGGCGCAUUCCGCCGAGCACUUUGUGAGUUUGCAAGCAGAAUAAGAACCAUAACAAUUGAAUGUUUCAGACGUGCACAGGUGUGUCAAUUCUCGCGUUACACGCACAAAUCGGCCUGUACGAGGAGGAGCGGGUAAAGCUGAACCAGAAAUUGGACGAGAAGGACGACGAGAUCCAGAAGGUGUCGCAGGAGCUCGAGAAGCUCCGACAACAGGUGCUUCUGCAAGAGGAGGCACUGCAGACGAUGCGCAAGAACGAGGAGAUCAUCCGCGAAGAGAACUCGCGCAUUCAGAAAGAGGCCGACGACAAGCAGCAGGAGGGCAAGGAGAUGAUGACGAAGAAGUCAAGAAACUUCCCACUCUUGAUGCAAGCAGUGACUGCCACUUUUCGAAGUGUCAGUCAUUAGGAUCUGAUAGAGUAGGAGGGAGGCGCAUUCCGCCGAGCACUUUGUGAGUUUGCAAGCAGAAUAAGAACCAUAACAAUUGAAUGUUUCAGACGUGCACAGGUGUGUCAAUUCUCGCGUUACACGCACAAAUCGGCCUGUACGAGGAGGAGCGGGUAAAGCUGUACCAGAAAUUGGACGAGAAGGACGACGAGAUCCAGAAGGUGUCGCAGGAGCUCGAGAAGCUCCGACAACAGGUGCUUCUGCAAGAGGAGGCACUGCAGACGAUGCGCAAGAACGAGGAGAUCAUCCGCGAAGAGAACUCGCGCAUUCAGAAAGAGGCCGACGACAAGCAGCAGGAGGGCAAGGAGAUGAUGACGAAGAAGUCAAGAAACUUCCCACUCUUGAUGCAAGCAGUGACUGCCACUUUUCGAAGUGUCAGUCAUUAGGAUCUGAUAGAGUAGGAGGGAGGCGCAUUCCGCCGAGCACUUUGUGAGUUUGCAAGCAGAAUAAGAACCAUAACAAUUGAAUGUUUCAGACGUGCACAGGUGUGUCAAUUCUCGCGUUACACGCACAAAUCGGCCUGUACGAGGAGGAGCGGGUAAAGCUGAACCAGAAAUUGGACGAGAAGGACGACGAGAUCCAGAAGGUGUCGCAGGAGCUCGAGAAGCUCCGACAACAGGUGCUUCUGCAAGAGGAGGCACUGCAGACGAUGCUCGAGAACGAGGAGAUCAUCCGCGAAGAGAACUCGCGCAUUCAGAAAGAGGCCGACGACAAGCAGCAGGAGGGCAAGGAGAUGAUGACGAAGAAGUCAAGAAACUUCCCACUCUUGAUGCAAGCAGUGACUGCCACUUUUCGAAGUGUCAGUCAUUAG